AUGGACCCAUUCUCCCUUCAUAUUCCUUUCUUUCAUCUUUCUUCCUCCUCCCGCCCUUGUAAUUCCUUUCUAUUUUCCCCACCCCUUCCAGACACUUUCACCUUCUUUUUCUGCCCCCCCCCCCGUUUUUUUCUUUCUUUCUCUCUCUCUCUCUCUCUUUUUCUUUCUUUCUUUCUUUCUUUUCUUAUAUCUGUUAGUAUCUCCUUAAUAUUUCUUUUUUCUUUCUUUUCUUUUUCUUUCUUUCUUUCUUUCUUUCUUUUUUUUUCUUUCUUAUAUCUGUUAUAUCUCCUUAAUAUUUCUUUCUUUCUUUCUUUCUUUUCUUUCUUUCUUUCUUUCUUAUAUCUGUAUCUCCUUAAUAUUUCUUUCUUUCUUUCUUUCUUUUUUCUUUCUUUCUUUUACGCCUUUCUUAAGUAUCUGUUAAAAGUCUCCUUAAUAUUUCUUUCUUUUUUUUUGUUUCUUUCUUUCUUUCUUUCUUUUCUUUUGUUUUCCUUCUUUCUUUCUUUUUUAUCUGUUAGUUUCUUAAUAUUUCUUUUCUUUCUUUUAUCUGUUAGUAGCGACUUAAUAUUUUUUUUCUUUCUUUCUUUCUUUCUUUCUUUCUUUCUUUCUUUCUUUCCCUUAAUUUUCUUUUUUUUCUGUUAG